AUGGUCUCAGAAACCUGCUUUCCUUCACCGUCAGAUGUUGCAGCAACCAAGAAACGUGUCCAAAACUGGGCGGUAUCCUUUGCUGCUCGCAGUUGCAACUACAGCUGCAAGUUUAUAGACACCCACUGCCACAUUGAUUAUCUCUACUCCAGGCUGGAAGUUCCUUGGGAGACAACUUUCUCCAAGUUCCGGGAGCAGCAUUCUGCCAUGUUUCCUUGCAAUUAUGAAGGUUGUGUAGCAGUCUUCUGUAACCCCAAUACAUUCAACGCUGACAAUCCGAAAGAUCACAUACUGAAAACAAUUGCAAUGGAGGAUGGAAUAUGGCUGGCGUUUGGAUGUCACCCCAAACAUGCUGCUGAAUUCACUGAUGCUCAUCUUGGAGGAUUGAGGCAAAUACUGAAGCAUCCCAAAGUUGUUGCACUGGGAGAAAUUGGCUUGGAUUACUCUGGACCAUUUAGUCAACACUCGGACAUACAGAAGCUAGUGUUUAGACAGCAGAUACAGCUGGCCUUAGAGCUGCAGCUACCUCUGGUCAUCCACUGCCGUGAUGCCGAUGAUGACUGCCUAGAGAUCUUGACUCAGAUGGUGCCCUGCAACCACAAGAUCCACGCCCACUGUUUCACCAGAGGCAUCGAUGUGGCCGAGCGCUGGCUGGGUCAUUUCCCCAACCUUUUCUUGGGCCUGACACCAGUUAUCACCUACAAGUCAGCUGUAGGUGCUAUCAGCACCGCAGAAUCAAUUUCCUUGGACAGACUGCUGCUAGAGACUGAUGCCCCAUUCUUUGUGCCAAGCGUUUUAUAUAAAGACGUACGGUACUCCUAUCCAGGGUUUGCCUUGUUCACGGCUGAGAAAGUGGCACAGUUGAGGCAUAUUUCCGUAGAUGAAGUUCUGACAGCAUGUCGGGAAAACACAAAGAAGAUGUAUGGUAUUUGA